AUGACUAUGGCGGAUGUCGCCAAUGCCCAAGACAAAAUUACGGGUCCCUGGCUCUGGAUGAUUGCCCCAACCGCAGCAAACGAAGGCGGCGCAAAUUCGACCGAUGUCGAUUCACUUGCUGAAGCCAGUGGUGGUGAUGUCACUGAGGACGAUGUCGCAGCAAACGGUGCCAGCGAAGGCGACGCUGUCGGUGACCUGGUAUGGACGCUCGGCGAGAUUACCGAUACAGGCGGCAACAACGUCAAUGAUCUCGUCAAUGAGAUCGGCUUGGGUGAAGGCGAUGUCAACGACCAUUCGUCUUAUGCACUCAUCACGCUUGAAUCCGCUUCUGAUCAGAGCGGCGUGGAUAUGAAAGUCGGCAGUGAUGACUCUGUCAAGGUCUGGCUCAACGGUGCAGUGGUUCACACAAACGCUGUCAACCGCGGUGCUGGUGACUUUCAGGACACAUUUCAGGUUGACCUGCAAACAGGCAAUAAUCUCUUACUCGUGAAGGUCAGUGAACGUGGUGGUGGUUGGAGCAUGUUCGCCGGUGUUGAUGCCGACGUGAAUGCUGUCUAUAAAGCCCCCGGUGGUGUAGAUGGAAAAAUUACGGGUCCCUGGCUCUGGGUGAUUGCCCCGACUGCAGCAAACGAAGGCGGCGCAAAUUCGACCGAUAUCGAUUCGCUUGCUGAAGCCAGCGGUGGUGAUGUUACUGAGGACGAUGUCGCAGCAAACGGUGCCAACGAAGGCGACGCUGUUGGUGACUUGGCGUGGACACGUGGUGAAAUCACCGAUACCGGCGGCAACAACAUCAACGAUCUCGUUAAUGAGAUUGGCUUGGGCGAAGGUGAUGUCAAUGACCAUUCGUCUUAUGCACUCAUCAUCCUUGACGCUCCCGAAGCUCAGGAUGGCGUUCCGGCGAAAGUCGGUAGCGAUGACUCCGUCAAAGUCUGGUUCAACGGCGAAGUGGUUCACACAAACGCUGUCAACCGUGGGGCUGGCGACUUCCAAGAUGAUUUCACAGUUGACCUGGUAGCAGGUAAAAAUGUCCUGUUGGUGAAGGUCAGUGAACGCGGCGGCGGUUGGAGCAUGUUCGCGGGUGUCGGUGGCACGUGGGAUAUUUACCCUGGAUAUGAUGCCGUUUCCGUCGAACCUGCAGGGAAACUCUUCACAACUUGGGGAAGCCUGAAAACCAAGUAA